AUGUCAAGUAGACUUCGUUCGGCAGCCUCAGUUCUGGGACUGGGUUUGGGCAUUUUUGUAGCGAAAUCAUUGUACUCUGGCAAUGAGAGGUUUUACCAAGAGAUUGUUAUGCCAGUGGCCCACGCUGUGAUUCGUGAUGGCGAACAAGCGCACAAGUGGGCCCUGAAGGCAUUCACUUUGGGUUUCAUACCUACGAAGCCUCGUGGAUUAUUUCCAGAACUUCAGCGAAACGUUUUCGGUUUGAGCUUUGAUCAUCCUGUUGGAAUAGCCGCGGGUUUCGACAAAGAUGGUGAUGCUGUGUUGUCACUGCUUAAGGCCGGCUUCUCUUUUGUGGAGGUAGGCACCGUAACCCCUCGACCGCAGCCAGGCAACCCGCGUCCAAGAGUAUUUCGUUGGAGGGCUUGCGAGGCAGUAAUUAAUAGAUAUGGAUUCAACAGCGCGGGACAUGAUGCUGUCUAUGAGAAACUAAAAAACCGACCAUGGGAAGGUAUGCCACCGUGA